AUGGAUUGGCGGGUUGUGAUAAUCACCUACAAUGUGAACAUGCAACGAGCUGAUGAAGACGAUAUUGAGAAGUUAUUGCAGCCCGCAAUUGCAGCUAAUCCAAGCCUUUUGGUGAUUGGAAUGCAGGAAGUUGCUCACGGAGAGACGGUAGUGGGCGGCACUGUGAUCACAUGGCAACGUCAAAUGUUCGAAUGGAUGAAUACGAAGAGUGAAGGAUUAGUAUUACUCGCAAAAACGUAUCAGAUGACGAAUCAAGUGACCAUAUUUGUUAAACGGACGUUGAUUCCAUCAAUAAGGCAGAUACAAUACCGGUUUAGCCGCAACACGAUGGGUGGCUUGACUGGACACAAAGGCUCUAUAGGAGUGAAAAUUUCAUUGCAAAAUCGAACUUCUAUGGUUUUCGUUGACAGCCAUUUUAUUCAUGAUGUGGUUUCAUAUGACAAACGGAUCGCUCAGUUUCACUCAAAUCAAGUCUGCUGCUUUCCUGACGACGAGGAAGUCAAAGCGAUUUUCUGGCUUGGAGACCUGAAUUUCCGCGUUGAAAAGGAUGCAGAAGAGACUGCAGGAGUGAUCAAGUCUAAGAAAGGGUGUACCCUUCUAGAUUCACAUGAUCAGUUGAAAAGAGCGAUGCGUGAUAAGGAAGCAUUUGUUGGGUUCACUGAGGCACCGAUCACAUUCUCGCCUACUUACAGGUUCUACAUUGGCAGCACCGAUUACGAUCUGAAACGCACACCAUCGUGGUGUGACCGUAUUUUGUUCAAGGGUGACGGCAUCACUCCUCUGAGUUACAAAUCUAACGAUCAAGUAUUGGUCAGUGAUCAUAUACCGGUGCAAGCGGUGUUCACCGUGAAGGUACCCCCUAUGCCAAGAAUUAAUUGGGAUGUUUUAUUCGAACAUCUGCCGACAUGGUACUCUACAGUACCGUUGGUGGGACGGUUCCAAUUAUUAAAUGGAUACUGGACACGUCGUGGAAGUUAUUUGGAUUGGGUUGGAGUGUAUCCGGCAUCGAUCGAUGACUGCACGUCACCGUUCAGGUGGGUUUGGAUCGCUACGUGCUACGAUCAAACGGUUCAAGAUCAACGAUAUAUCGUCUGUGAAUUUGGACCUUUGCCAGAAGGUUCAUAUCGACUCGGAUACUUCAGCCACUACAGUAACUGUUUGAUGGGUCUCUCGUACGCUGGCUGCUCGGCAGGUCGUCAACUCUCUCACUCGACGACUGAAGACGACAAGCCCGUCACGUGUGUCCCAUUGCGUCGAUUUCUCCGUAUUAUCCGCAAGCUAGCGGCCAGAUCACGUAAGAAAACAAAGCAAGAUUCUGUUCCCAGCGAGAAUUCAAAACAGUGUUUGGCAUCGUCACUUCUCAUUGCUCCACCACCUUACUCCUCCCCUAUCCAUAAUUUCUGUUCUGAACCACAAAAACCGAAGAAAAUGUCAUACGAACUAGCAACCGAUGGAUUGUAUCUUAAAAGGGGUCCUCCACCGAUGAAUCCCGCCGUUCCCGAGAUGCGCAAGGAGGCUGAAGAGUUCCUUUCGUUUCUAAACAAGGCUGUCACUCCAUUUCAUGCUGUCCAAGAAUGCCGAGAACGUCUGCUUCAAAGCGGUUUUGAAGAGAUUCCAGAGGCUGAUCAGUGGAAUAUUCGACCAGGCGGAAAAUACUUUGUAACAAAAAACCGCAGCACCAUAAUUGCUUUCGCCAUUGGUGGCGCAUAUCAACCUGGAAACGGUUUCUCUAUUGUUGUCGGCCAUACUGACAGUCCAUGCCUUCGAGUGAAACCGGUGUCGAAAAUACAAUCGGAGAAAUUUAAUCAGGUGGGUGUAUCCACAUAUGGUGGUGGUAUUUGGCGUACUUGGUUCGAUCGUGAUCUAUGUGUAGCAGGAGAGGUUGUAGUGAGAGCGGGUAACACACUAGCAAGACGUCUUAUUAACAUAGAUCAUCCUAUACUCUACAUUCCAAAUUUGGCUAUACACUUGACAAAGGAUCGUGAAACGUUCACGUGCAACACUGAGACCGAACUCAGACCAAUUUUGGAGUCCUUUGCUGCUGCGGGGAUCAACUCGACGAAGAAGGACCCGGCUACGAAUCAAGCUGACGCGCCUACAGAUCCCAGAGAUAUAGUUAAUGAACAUCAUUGGAACUUUCUGGAACAGAUCGCACUGGCUGCCAACACUACUCCAGAUCAAGUGGUCGAUAUGGAUCUCUAUCUCUAUGAUGCUAACCCAGCGAGACUCGGUGGCAUUCAUGACGAGUUCAUCACUGGCGCACGCCUUGACAAUCUCGUCGGCACCUUCACGGCUAUUCAAGGAUUGAUCGCAUCGCUUGCUGAUGAACGACUCUUGGCUGACGAUGUGAAUAUUCGUAUAGCGGCAUGUUUUGACAACGAAGAGGUAGGAUCUCAAACAGCCAUGGGAGCCCAGUCAUCGUUCACAGAAUACGUAUUGAGACGUCUGAGUGCUGGGGGAGAACCGCUAGCGUUCGAAGAAGCAAUUGCUCGAAGUAUGCUGAUCUCCGCUGAUCAAGCUCAUGCAUCCCACCCGAACUAUGCCAGCAAACACGAAGAUAAUCAUCGUCCCACAUUUCAUGGUGGUGUUGUGGUGAAAGUGAACGUUAAUCAACGCUACGCCACCACGUGUGUCACUCAUUCAGUGCUCAAACAGAUCGCCGCAGAGGCGAAUGUCCCGUUACAAAAAAUGGUAGUACGUAAUGAUUCUCCAUGUGGAUCAACUGUUGGUCCUAUACUAGCGUGUAGGCUUGGAUUACAAACAGUUGAUGUCGGUUGCCCUCAACUAGCUAUGCACUCUAUUCGUGAAAUGACUGACACGAGCAGUAUUAGUCAAGCGACACGACUUUAUGCGACUUUCUUCAAUAGGAUGCGAUUUGUACUGCCGUCACUUAUAUGA